UGAGCAAGUCGCGUAAAUACAAAUUUCUGCAUAAAAAAUUAAUAAUUCGAAUAAUUUUCGAACUUUGACCCGCAAAAAAAUGGGAAAUCAGAAUUUGACGCCGUCAAUUACGCACAAAUAUCCAACUUAUCGAGAUGCAAUUUUGAAGACGGGACACACUUGGCUCGCAGGUCGCAGAAAAGACGAAAACGCCGAAGGCUUAUGGCGAAUCCAUGACAAAUUAUAUGACUUGACCAACUUUGUUGACAUUCAUCCCGGCGGCGAAGACUGGUUAAAACUUACAAAAGGCUGUGAUAUAACGGAAGCAUUUGAAUCGCAUCACAUUUCGGUAAAACCGGAAAAACUCCUGCAAUACUAUUUCGUACGAAAUGCCAGCAAACCUCGCAACAGCAAACUCACCUUCGCCGAAGACGGUUUUUACAAGACUUUAAAGAGACGCGUCGCUGCCAAAAUGCCCGCGGUGAACAAAAAUCGCCGACGAGACGAGCGAAAGUCGAAAUUUAUCCAAGAUUCGUUGUUGCUGCUGACAUUAGUGAUGGCUGGUCUUGUAGGACGUUUCCCUAACAGUUGGGCUUUGAUAAUUUUAGCGGGAAUUGUCAUGACCGGCACGAUAAUUACAGCGCAUAAUUUUUUCCACAAACGCGACAAUUGGCGAAUGAAAAUUUUCAAUUUGUGUCUCAUGAGUUUUCGUGAAUGGCGGAUUUCGCACGUUUUGUCGCAUCAUCAGUUCCCGAAUUCGUUGUCGGAUUUGGAAGUUUCCUUCAUGGAGCCGUUUUUGAUGCAUUCCGUGUACCCAAAGAAGAAUUUCGUGCAACGUUAUGGCUCGUGGGCGUACGAAUGGCUCAUUUAUUCGGUGAUUUAUAGCAACGAAGCGAUCAAGAGAACGAUCAUGAGCAUCGUUUUUCGCAAAAAUUACUGGCAUCUCGAUGAAAUUUUGAUUCCUUUGGUCGUUCCAACGACAAUUUAUCUCUUCGGAGGUCCAAAUCUCACAAUUUUGGCCAGUUUUAAACUUUGGUUCUGGAUUCUGACAGCUGCGAGUGCCUUUUUCGGGCUGAUAACGAUCAAUGCGGCUCACCAUCCGCUUGGGGCGUUUCACGAAGGCGAUCCUGUGAGAGAUGACAUGGAUUUUGGCGUCUUUCAGUUGGACUCUGUCGUUGAACGGGAUGGUUUAAAGAAGAGUUUGUUGCUGGUUUUGACCCAUUUUGGGGAUCACGGGAUGCAUCAUCUCUUUCCGACGCUCGAUCACGCGAUUUUGCCCCAUUUUAACGAUAUUUUUGUGAAAACUUGCGAGGAAUUCGGCCUUGAACCGCAACGAAGUGACUGGUUUGAGCUUUUUAAGGAGCAACAUUUGCAACUGGCACGUACAAAACCCAAAAAAUGCCCAAUUGGAUCGAAUAUUGACACGAACAAGAACGUCAUGAAAUAAUUUUCACGCAAUUUUUGGGAUUUUAUUGCAUCUUUAACUUUAUUUCUACAUAUUUUUUUCAUAUUUAUUUUAUUUUAAAUGCUACCAAGUCAUAUUUCAGUCCUCAAAUUGUUAUUUUUCUAUGUUAAACGUAAACGCAAGGGGCGGGAAUGGGUUAAGAAAGUAAUAAAAAUUGAUGUUUGGCAUUAAAAAACCUAAGAAAAAACUAAAAAAAGGUUCCUAACAUUUUUUUUCGUGUCUGAGAAAUCUGUGCUAAUUUUUUAAUAAUUAAUAUUUAAUCACAAUUCGCGC